CGUCAGCUAAUUUAAAAAUGACUUAAAUACAAAACAGCUGUCAAAAGACAGUAAUAUAUUUGUAAUAUAUUUAAAGAACCAGGUUUCCCACUGUCUUGAAAAAUGACGAUUUUAAAAGUUUUAUUCUUAGACCUGGAAAAGUCAUUUAAAUGCAGAAGACGAGAAAUCGAUAGCUUCUAGGCUUCUGGUUAUGUUUUAUCGCUUUUAAUCCUCAUCCAGUAAAUACUGAUCAAAUGGAAAAGUCAUGGGACCAUUUUACAUUGCCGUGACCGAUGGGUCAAAACUGUUGAGAAUCACCUUAAAGCAGUCCAUUCAGCUGGGGGAAGUGAUAUGUCUGAAUUAUUACUUACUGUAAACCCCCCCCAGCUAUGAGAACGCUGGGUACAUUUACAGUUAUUUUAUCUACAUGACGACUCUGAAGUUUUAGAAGUGGGAGUUAAUAACGUUUAGGUUUAGUGAGUCCCAGCUCUUCUAGUUCUUCCUGUGCGCGUGCUUGAAAUCUAUCAUCUCUAUGGUAAUCUAGUCAUGACUGUGCUCAUUUUAAGACAUUUAUUAAAUGCCAAGCAUAUGACUGCUCGAAGGACAAUAAUAACACAGACAUUUAUCUCUGACGGCCUCUGAAAGCGCGUAGACGCUAAUAUAAUAGGUCUAGUUUAGACAUCAUGAAGUGAGGAAUUGAUUUGAGAAUCGGAUCUCCUCAGCGGCUUCGGUGUCCCAGAGGGGAAGGAGGGACUUCUGUGGGUUUCUCAAAAAAUCUUUUUGAUUUAACAACACCGUGACCGUCCCGUUUUAAGAUGCCGCGCCGAUGCUCCCCAUGCAAAAGCCAGUUCGAGAGUCGAAGAACUCGUACCGACCGAGAUCGAGGAUGUCAUCGCCGCUAUGCAUUCUGUCUAAAAACGAGGACCUCUCCGUGUCUUUCUGUGGGUCUGGUUUUCUAGCUACGUACCAGCUCGGUGUGGCGCAGAGUCUUCUGGAUAACGCCGCCUGGAUCCUGCGAGGAGCUCCGAGGGUCUAUGGGGCAUCUUCUGGUUCCCUCGUCGCUGCAGCCGUCGUCUGUGGCACCAAUCUAGGACGUGUUCGAGACCAGCUUUUGGAGUUUGCGCGGUUUACCAAACAGCAUCCUUUGGGUCUUCUCAGUCCCGCGGUGGAUAUUUUCCGGUGGCUGGAGGUCACGCUGCAGCGCUGUCUGCCCGAUAACGCACACACUCUGGCCAGCGGCCGUCUGCACAUCUCCAUGACGCGCAUGUCUGACGGAAAAAACGUCAUCGUGUCAGAAUUUAGUUCCAGCAACGAGCUUAUUAAAGCCCUCUUGUGUAGCUGUUUUGUCCCUGUGUAUUCUGGCGUGAUCCCACCGCAGUAUAAAGGUGAGCACUACAUGGACGGAGGUUUCACAAACAUCCAGCCCUUCGAGGAUUCCUCCCCCACCCUCACCAUCUCCCCGUUCGCUGGAGACAUGGUCAUCUGUCCGUCAGACACCUCCAUCAUCCUGUGCGACGCCAUCAUCCAGCAGCUCUCCUUCCAGUGCUCCGUCACCAACUUCAUCCGGCUGGUGAACGCCUUGUUUCCUCGGGACUGGAAGAUCCUGAAGAGGGCUUUCUACAGCGGAUACCAAGACACCGUAUACUUCCUGCAGCAGAGCAAUGCACUGCCGCUGUAUCCUGACCGGAGAAGGGAGUCGGACGCGUCUGAUGAUUCGGUGAGCUCAGAUCACUGGAUGCUGACGCAGACCGAGGAGUCCCAUCACCACGAAGAGGAAUCCCAUCAAUACUGCCCUGAACGGCCCGUGGUCAAUGGGAGGUCAAGACAGGUACAGCAGAGUCCCGUUUCUGUUUCUGACGUGCUGCUGUCUAAUAUCAUGGGGCAGCUGGAGAUUGUGAGGAACGCGAAUGUGGCUUUACCUCAGCGGGCGCUCUCAUACCUGCUCUUACUGUUCACGCUGCCCAUCUGGAGCGCCACGGCCUUCUGGGACAGGUAUCAGAAAUGGAUCAGCGACACUAUGACUCUGGCAUACUGGCUCUGGCAUGGAAUUAAGGUCUUCAUGAUUUUCGUGAUCAAAAUCAUACUGUCUUCCUCGUGGAAAGCUCUUGGAGAUAUAAUGCUGAGUGUGAUCAGCCUGAUGCCGGCUCAAGCUCACAGGCGCCGAGAGCUGUCCUCCUCCAAUCAGAACGGCCACGUCUCGGCUGUUUCCCCGCCGACUCCCUCCGUGGAGCAGACCCUCCCGAAGCUCUACACGCUCCUGUUUUCACUAGAGACGGAGAGCAAGUGGAGAAGACGCAAGAUAGAAGUGCAGCACACAUUACAGCAGCACAUGGCCGAUGUGAAGAGAAAUUAAAACAUGCUAGGAAUGCAAGAUGAUUAACGUCACUCGUCAGCUGACACUUUAUAUUAUUCUACGCUCCUUCAGAGAGAAAGCUUCACUGUUUUAAUGCAAAGUACUGAAUACUAAUAUAGGAUUAUUUUAUUUGUAAAGACCCCGUGAAAUUCAGUUAUGUCUUAUGAGCACUUUUUUUUUUCCUGGUGAACUAAAAGGCAUAUAAGAGCAUAUUAAAAAAAUAAUUUUACUAAAUGUAUUUUAGGGCUUAAUGUAUUAAAAUAUUAUUAUAUAUUAUUUUACCUAAUAUUAGUAUUUUUUAAAGAUUCACAGAUAUUAUAAUAUUACUAUUUUUAUUCUACCAUUUAUAUCAGAAGUAAGACAGAUCUGCAAUUUUGUGGGAAGAAAUGAAAACACAUUUAUAAAUAUCAAUCUCAGUUAAGCUGUCAUGUUUUCCGGUUGUAACAUUGUGCUUUAGCAUUACGCGAAUAAUUAGUUUGUGUUGUUUGCUUGAUAAUGCACUUGAUAUUUUAUCACGCAUUUAAAACGGGCUUUUAUAUGUGAAAAUAUUAUAAUCAAUCAUGAUAAUUUAUGCAAAAGAACAUUUUCAUAUAUAUACACGAUCAAUUGUGUCGUGAACUCUCAUUAUUCCCGCACAAACCGUUGCACCCUGCACUGCAUUUCCCAUCAUCCAUUGCACUGACGCCACACACACGGCUGUAAUCACUCACACCUUUCAAUCUCUGUACCAAGCAGUGUUGUUAAGAGUUUAUCCCUCUCCUAGAGAUAGGUACUCUGCGCAAGCCAUUUUCCCGCUUGUUCCCUCUUAGUUUCUUCGUUAGAUUUCAGUUUUAUGCCUGUUUAGUGCCAGUCUUUAGUCUCGAUUGGAUUAUUGCUUGCUACCCUUUUCGUCCCUUUGGAUUACGUUCACCGCGGACUGUCCCUCGCUUGUUUCUCGAACUGCUCUCUGCUUCCCUCCUACAUAACUGUUCACCGCUGUUUUGAACAUGUUUUCGAAUAAAGCUUCGCGCUUUGGAUCCGAAA